CGACUUCAUCGGUAGUGGGGGUUAAGGACCUCCAUUGAGAUUGAUCUGUGUAGACGUAGAUCUUCGAAUUUCAAUGGUGAAGCAAUUUUAUGGCGAUAAAUGUUAGCUUAAUCGGAGACAAUGGUAUCAUUUGAAGGUAUUCAACGAUUUUUAUUAUAUUUUCAAUUUCAAUAGAAUAAUUUAAUUGUAUUUAUUAUCGUCUUCUUAUCGUCGUUAUCUUAAGGGUGAAACCUUGAACAUUAUACAUUCUCGGCAAUCAUUAACUCGCUGACCGGAUGUCGUCUGUAGAUUUUGCAAGUAGGUCAAUCAGAUAAAGACACGUAUCCGGCAAAAUGGUUUUUCUGCUGGUGAAAACUAAAGCUGUAUUCUUUAUCGGCUUUACAAUCGGUGGGAUUCUUGCACUAAUCUUAAUGUUAGCCGAUGAUUUAAUCAGUACGAAACCCAUUUGCAAUGUGAGACCAUCGAGAUUAAAUAGAAAUAUAGAGGAAAAGGAGAAUGAGGUAAAGAGAGCAAGCUACCAAAAGUGGCUGGAUCUUCAAAAUGUAAAAAUCUCAAAAGCUGACAUGGAUGAAUUGGUGUAUGCCAAAAAAUAUCACGCAGCAGCAACAGAUAGUCCAAUCUUAGAGUCAGAUUGGCUGAAAUCGAAAAUUCAUAUUACCUGUGUAGUAUUCGUGGAAAAGAUCAAGCUUGCCGAAUCCAUCAAAUAUACUUGGGCACCACAUUGCAACAGCAUAUAUUACUUCUCAGCUGCAAAGGAGGAUAAACGAAUUCCUAUAAUAAAUUUUGAUGUUAAAUUUACAUCUUCUUGGCAACUUCUCUGUGAAUCAAUAAGAUAUAUAUGGCAGGACGUUUCAAACUAUAGAAGAUCCUUAGACACUCAAGCUAAAGACGAAAUAGAAUGGUUGAUUUUCGUGAAAGACGAUACAAUGGUUAUACCAGAAAAUUUAAGAUACUUUGUAGCUCCCAUGGAUUUUGAAAAAGGCUACUACUUGGGUCAUCCCAUUACUCUGUGGCAACAAGCGUACAAUGUAGCACAGGCAGGAUAUGUCCUUAGCAAGGGCUCAUUUCUGAAAAUUGUCUCCAACUUCAAUACCACGGAAAAGUGUGCCACCGGUGGGAAAUAUUGGAAGAAAGAAGAUUAUGAUCUUGGCAAACAUUUAGGGUCAAUGGGUAUUUAUCCAUUGGACACUAGAAAUGAAGAUUUGAGUGGGAUAUUCCAUGGCUAUUCGCUACAAAGUCUUUUAUGGGGCGUAGCUAAAUCUGGUAGCUAUUGGACACAUUCCUUAUAUCCUAUAGGGCCUAAUUGCUGCUCGCCGAGAUCGAUAACAUUCAAUGCGGGAGUGCCGGAUGAAAUGUAUAACACAUAUUAUAUGCUUUACCGCCUUAACGUUUACAAAGGGGAUGGUACUUAUGGUAAUCAACCAGCUGCUACAGAAAUUCCGGACCAAGAGAUGUGGAAGAUUAUACUUGAGGAAGAGUUCAAUAUCACUAAUUUAAAUCAAAUAUCUAGCCAACAAUAUUACAAAAUUUGGCGUGAUAGAUACUCGGAACCAGAACAAUUCAUUAUGAAUAAUUACAAAAAUAUGCCUGAUGUAUUGAGCUCGCUACUCACAGCUUAUGAAGCUGAAAAAAAAAUAGAUAAAAAUACUACCCCGAUAUAGUGAUGUCUUCUCAAGUUGUGGAUUUGAUUUACUAAAUUCUCAGAUGCGUGAGGUAAGAAACAUUAUUCCUAGUCAAUGGAAUCUGAGGUGCUGAAAAUAUAAUGCAAAAUAUUUCAAGAGUCUUAAUGUUGAUUAAUACCAUUUGAGUAAUUUCGUAUUGUUUAGGAUGCCUUGGGUUUGAGUUUUAAUUAUUAUACCUCUUAAAAUAUACACUGUUGUUCCCCGCAGUAAUUGCAGGAGGUUUAUUGCUUUGUGGUCUAUUAUCUCACAUAUGUGUGGUUGAAAUUGCCGGGUAAGCUGUUUUCUUAAUACUAAAAAAGACUGCACAGUUUGAGCCCUAAGGUUUGAAUAUUACAGAAAAAAAGUUCAGGCCACAGAUAUAAGAAAUGGGUGUACUAUAAUUGAGUUAGUAUUUAUUAUAUUACUGUUGAACAGCGGAUGUAAAACGUGGAGUUAAUAAUGGGACAAGUCACAUUUACAUUACUGUACGUCUCAAAGCGUAUAUUGUAUCUGAUGAGUUUCAAGAAAUAUUUGUUUGAACAGAGUUUAUUUGUUACGAAUCUCUUAAUUUUUAUUGUUGACUCCAUACUCAGCUGCACUGAGAAAAAACUUAAUUUCUGAUUCUCUGACAUAAAUUACCACUCUGUUCGGCGUGAUGCGUUAUGAUAUUAUAAUACA